AUCAGGAGGAAGUAGUUUACUUCCUUCCAUUAGAAAUGGGAACGCUAGGAACUAUUAGCCAUAGUUAGCUUAUCUAAAACGUAAACUAACGUAAAAAUACUGUAUUGUCAUUGUUCCGCAUUAAACAGACAGUUAGUUUAGAUUUAACUCUUAUUAUUUAAAGCGAGCUGGUGUAGAAAUGCGUCGAAGGGGAGUCGGAGCCGGAGCUGUGGCGAAGAAGAAGCUAGCGGAGGCCAAAUACAAAGAAAGAGGAAACGUUCUGGCAGAAGAUCAGAUUGUUCAGAUGUCCAAACAGCUGGAGACGUUCAAAUCCAACCUGGAGGAGUUUGCCAGCAAACACAAGCAGGAAAUUCGAAAGAGCUCAGAGUUCAGGGUUCAGUUCCAGGAAAUGUGUGCGACCAUCGGAGUCGACCCUCUGGCCUCCGGAAAAGGCUUUUGGUCGGAGAUGCUCGGUGUCGGUGACUUCUACUACGAGCUCGGUGUUCAGAUUAUUGAAGUGUGUCUGGCGCUGAAACACAGAAAUGGAGGGCUCAUUACUUUGAAUGAACUCCAUCAGAGAGUCCUGAGCGGAAGAGGUAAAUACGCUCAGGAUGUGAGCCAAGACGACUUGAUGAGAGCGAUAAAGAAACUGAAGGUGAUGGGGAAUGGUUUUGGGAUGAUUCCUGUCGGUGGGUCUUACUUGGUGCAGUCAGUUCCAGCAGAGCUCAACAUGGAUCAUACUGUGGUUCUGCAGCUGGCCGAGAAAAAGGGAUUCGUCACAGUGAGUGAGAUCAAGGAAGGUCUCAAAUGGGAGAAGGAGCGAGCUUGUCAUGUUCUGGAUCACCUACUGAAAGAAGGUUUGGCCUGGGUGGACUCCCAGCCAGCCGGGGAGUCUCAGUACUGGUUUCCUGCUCUCUUCUCCGAGCUCACAUCCCGGGACGUCACACCAGAGGAGGCCAAUCAGAUGUCACCUUAGGAAAGAGCUGGGCUGGACCCUGGACUUCGAGCCGGUGACAGUUUCAGACACGUUGGGAAAACACAAGGUGGAGUGAAGGGUCACGUGAUGGACUUGGCUGGUUUCCCGGAGCUGGCAGCGAACUCUGGACACGAGGAAGGAGAACUCUCCUCCUCAAGUUCUCCUCGACAACAAGUGCACAGAGUUUAUGACUGAGUCACUGAAAUCAGCUUGAGUUCUGUGACACUGCAUAACGUCUCCUCUUGUAGUCGUGGUUGUUUUAACUGCGUCUAACUGUUGAAUUUUGUACAUAGAAACUUUUACUUUAACAGAAAACAUAACAACAGCUUUAUUGCACAAGUUGAACCUAAUUUUUAUUAAAUCAUCUGGACCAUU